CAAUCACAACGCGACACUGAGGCUGACGUCACGUCAGCAUCUCGGGAUCUCAUUCCAACAUGGCUCCCGUCGCGAGUACCGUCGCCAAAUCGGCUAAGCCUAACGCAAAAAAAAAGUCGACGAAUGUGAGGACUGAUGUUCUUCUGGAUGUAAUCAAACAAUACCCCGUCUUGUACGACAAGAGACAUCCACAAUUUAAGGAUAUCAAGUAUAAAGAUGAAGUGUGGACGAUGCUCGGCGAGAGCCUGGGAGGGAUACCUGGUGUGGACCUCGUCAACAAGUUUAAAAACGCUAAAGACACGUACCAAAAACACAACAACAAGAUAAUAUGCUCCAUGAAAAGUAGAGCGGGAGCAGCCCAGGUGGGCAAAAUAACAUGGCCUCACUUUAUGCAGAUGAUGGAGAUCAUGGAACCAGUCUCCCCCAAUCCAAUACUUCACACAAACCUGCAGUUUGAUGAAGAGGAAAGGUUAGUCACACAAAUGUUUUAAAUAGAUAAAAUUAAAAGGAAAUUCAAGAAACACUUUUAACGAAGCGAGACAUCUUGCAUUGUCCCUUUGU